UCUGAUAGACAACAACAAAACAAUAAACACUAUUACAGUCAACACUCAACAGUAUAAUAAUAUGCUAUAGGGAAUAGGGAAAGAUUGUCCGGCUGUUGAAAAUAAUUCCUAGCUAUUUAAGUUUAUUUUGUGAAUCACAGUUAAUAUUUUUCGCUCACUGUUUAGUGUUUAGCCGUAUUGUCAAUUCCUAAAUCGUAAUUCGCUUUUUCUCUCAUCGUCGUCUAUGUUAAUUUUUAUAUACAUUGUCGUGUAUUUUACAAUAAUCAUUUCUUGUUAAAAUUAAUCUAAUCGUUGUACCUAUUAUUCAAUAUGGAUGUCGCAGAAACCCAGACAGGAGUCAACAGGGUACGUGAUCAGUUAAAAGUUAGAUCACAAAAAUUAUUUCAAGAUUUCUUAGAAGAAUUUGUUGAAGAGGGUUGUAAUGAACCUAAAUACUUGGAAUCUGCUAUUGAGAUGACAAAUUCUGAACGUUUCACAUUAGAGGUUAGUUUCCUUGAUGUUGAAAAAUUCAAUCAGAAUCUUGCUAUCACCAUUCUUGAAGAAUAUUAUAGAGUUUACCCAGCUCUGUGCUUAGCUGUUGGAAAUUUUGUAAUUGAUCGAACUGAAGCUACAGGAAACCAACAAGAUUAUUUUGUGAGUUUUGUAGAUGUUACCACUAGGUUUAAUGUAAGAGAAUUAACAACUUCUAAAAUUGGUGAGUUGGUACGUAUUUCUGGACAAGUUAUUAGAACACAUCCUAUUCAUCCAGAACUAGUAGCUGGACAUUUCACUUGUCAAGACUGCCAGACAGAUGUUCCAAAUGUUGAACAACAAUUCAAAUAUACGCAGCCAACUAUAUGCCGGAAUCCAGUUUGUGCCAAUAGAAGGAGAUUUAAUUUAAAUGUUAAUAAAUCUCGAUUUGUUGAUUUUCAAAAAAUUAGAGUACAAGAAUGUCAAUCAGAGCUUCCUCGUGGGAGUAUUCCACGAAGCCUUGAAAUUAUCCUAAGAAAUGAAAAUGUUGAAACAGUACAAGCAGGUGAUAGAUACGAUUUUACUGGUACACUGAUUGUGGUCCCUGAUGUAAGUGUUAUGUCCACGCCUUCUGCAAGAGCUGAAUCUGCUUCUGGACAAAAACGAGGAGAUGCAAAUAAUGAAGGUGUCAAAGGAUUGAAAUGUUUAGGAAUCAGAGAUUUGAAUUACAAAUUGGCGUUUUUAGCAUGCAGCUUAUCUGUAACCGGUUCAAGAUUUGGUGGAAGUGGUGAAAUACAUAAUGAUGAAUUGACUGUUGACUCAAUUGAACGUAUGAAGAGGCAAAUGACUGGGCCACAAUGGGAAAAAAUAUAUGAAAUGAACCGUGAUCGUAAUUUAUACCAGAAUUUAAUAAAUAGUCUUUUCCCUUCAAUCCAUGGAAAUGAUCAAAUUAAAAAAGGUGUCUUAUUAAUGCUUUUUGGUGGAGUUCCAAAAACAACAUUAGAAGGCACUACUCUUCGUGGAGACAUUAACUGUUGUAUAGUUGGUGAUCCUAGUACUGCAAAGUCUCAGUUAUUGAAACAAGUCGCUGAUAUGUGUCCUCGCGCUGUUUAUACUUCUGGGAAAGCAUCUAGUGCUGCUGGUCUUACAGCUGCUGUUGUAAGAGAUGAGGAAUCUUUUGAUUUUGUUAUUGAAGCUGGAGCACUUAUGUUAGCUGAUAAUGGUGUGUGUUGUAUUGAUGAAUUUGAUAAAAUGGAUCCACGUGAUCAAGUAGCUAUUCAUGAAGCUAUGGAACAACAAACUAUAUCAAUAGCAAAAGCUGGUGUUAGAGCAACUUUAAAUGCUAGAACAUCGAUAUUAGCAGCAGCAAAUCCUAUUAAUGGCCGGUAUGAUCGAAGUAAAUCAUUACAACAAAAUGUAUCUCUCUCAGCUCCAAUCAUGUCUCGUUUUGAUUUAUUCUAUGUUCUUAUUGAUGAAUGUAGUGAAGUUGUUGAUUAUGCAAUAGCAAAGACAAUUGUUGAAAUCCACAGUAAUAUGGAAGAUGUAACUGAAACACUAUAUAGUCAAGAAGAUAUUUUAACGUACAUUGGUUUUGCUCGUCAAUUUAAACCUCAAAUCACAGUUGAAGCUUCAGAAAAAUUAGUAAAUGCAUAUGCUCAAUUAAGACAGCGUGAUAGUCAAUCUAGUACAAAAUCAACAUGGCGUAUAACAGUAAGACAACUUGAGUCAUUAAUCCGCCUAUCUGAAGCAAUGGCUAAAAUGGAAUGUUCAGAUCAUGUAACACCUAAACAUGUGUCUGAAGCUUUCAAUUUACUUAAUAAGUCCAUAAUUCGGGUAGAACAACCUGAUGUUAAUCUAGAUGACGAUGAUGAUGAUUUAUUAAAUGAAAUACCUGAUAAUGCUGAUGGUAAUUUACUAUUUGUAUUAUUAUUUUUAAUUUAUUUUGUGUUAAUAAUAUUAUGUUAUUUAGGAAUGGAUGUUGAUUCUGUUGAAGAACCAGAAAAACGAGGAUUAACUAAAAAAAAAUUAACACUAGCUUUUGACGAGUAUAAACGCAUUACUAACAUGCUUGUUGUUUACAUGAGAAGUGAAGAAGAAAAACGAAUAGCUGAAAAAGGGGAGAGUGAAGAUGGUGGGUUAUUACGUAGUGGUAUAAUCAAUUGGUACCUAGAACAAAUUGAAGAUCAAAUCAAUGACGAAUCUGAGUUGUUGGAAAAGAAAAGUUUCAUUGAGAAAGUAUUGGAUCGAUUAAUUUAUAAUGAUAAUGUACUAAUUGCUUUAUCCCAAUCAAAAUCGCAGUCCAGUGGUAUAGAACAAGAACAAGAUAUUGUUGAUGAAGAUCCUAUAUUAGUAGUACAUCCUAAUUUUGUGGCUGACCUUUAAUACAUUUUAUUGUUAUUGUAAUUUUUUUUAUUCCUGAUAAUCUUAGUAUUCAUUUAAAAUUAUUUAUACAUCAAUUACAAUACCGAAUACAUUUUGUGAGUUGUAACCAUGUUUUAUUUGCUAAUAAUAUUUUAAUGAAUAUAUUGAAUAAAAAGUGUA